AUGGCGUCCCGUUUGGCUAGAAGCGCUGCUGGAGCGAACCUCCUCCGGCCGACCGUGGCCCGGCGCACCCUGCCCGCCAUCGCGUCCCUUACCUCCUCUCGCAACGUCUCCGGCGUGCCCGCUGAGGACCCCAAGAAGAAGGCCCAGUCCCUCAUCGACUCUCUCCCCGGCAACUCGCUGCUCUCCAAGACAGCCAUCCUUUCCUCCACUGCCGGUCUCAGUGUCUACGCCAUCAGCAACGAGUACUAUGUCGUCAACGAGGAGACCGUCGUCGCUUUCUGCCUUCUCGCCGUCUGGGGCGCUCUCAUCAAGUACGGUGGUCCCAUGUACUCCGAGUGGGCGGAUGCCCAGAGCAACAAGAUCAAGGGCCUCCUUGAUCAGGCUCGUACCGACCACACCAAGGCCGUCCAGGUUCGCAUCGACGAGGUUUCCAAGGAGACCGCCAAGCUCGAGGCCCAGGCUUUCGAGCUCGAGCAGAAGACUGCUCUGGCUACCGAGGCCAAGACCGUCCUUGACUCUUGGGUCCGCUACGAGAGCCAGGUCAAGCAGCGCCAGCAGAAGGAGCUCGCCGAGAGCAUCAUCGCCAAGGUCCAGAAGGAGCUUGAGAGCCCCAAGGCUCUGCAGCAGGUUCUCGCCCAGAGCAUCACUGAUGUCGAGAAGCUCCUUGCCUCCAAGGCCCAAUAG